UAUCAGUUCAAAACAAAUCUGAUUUCGAAUAAGACACAUCUCAUCUCAUCUCUCAAUAUGAAGUGGAUUUUUCUCAAUUGCUUUAGGCCGCCAGCGGUACCAAAGGACGCUGGAGAAGCUAUAAAAGCAAAGGAGGAAAGAAAAAAGGAUAAAGAAGGAAAGAAAAAGAAACCCUGGCUGAAGAAGCUUUUUACAAAAAAAGGGAAAGGAAAAAAGGCAAUGGUGGUGGAUAGCCAGACAUUGGCGAUGGAGGACAGCCAGACAUUGGCGAUGGAGGAGGAUAGCCAGACAUUGGCGAUGGAGGACAGCCAGACAUUGGCGAUGGAGGACAGCCAGACAUUGGCGAUGGAGGAGGAUAGCCAGACAUUGGCGAUGGAGGACAGCCAGACAUUGGCGAUGGAGGACAGCCAGACAUUGGCGAUGGAGGAUAGCCAGACAUUGGCGAUGGAGGACAGCCAGACAUUGGCGAUGGAGGACAGCCAGACAUUGGCGAUGGAGGACAGCCAGACAUUGGCGAUGGAGGAAAGCCAGACAGUGGAGGUGAAGGAGGAGAGCCAGGCAAAGGUGGAGAAGGAGAAGUACAAGGCAAUGGAGGAGGAGGAGAAGUACAAGGCAAUGGAGGAGGAAUACAAGGCAAUGGAGGAGGAAUACAAGGCAAUGGAGGAGGAAUACAAGGCAAUGGAGGUGGAGGAGAGCAAGGCAAUGGAGGUGGACUUGAGCAAGGCAAUGGAGGAGGAGUACAAGGCAAUGGUGGAGGAGUACAAGGCAAUGGAGGAGGAGUACAAGACAAUGGUGGAGGAGGAGUACAAGGCAAUGGCGGAGGAGGAGUACACAGAAAUGGUGAAGGAGGAGUACACGGCAAUGGUGGAGGAGACGUACAAGGCAAUGGUGGAGGAGACGUACAAGGCAAUGGUGGAGAAGAGCAAAGCCGGUAGUGGAUGAGACAGUCAGUGUUCUAUGUUCAAUCAGUACUACUGAAAAAUGUGUAAAUAAUUGUAAAUAAAGCAUUAAAAACGAAAAA